ACACCACAUUACAAACACAUUGAUUCCCCGAAGUGGGAAGUGAAAUCAGCUUUAGGUACUUGAAACAAAGCCUUAUUGAGCACCUGGACAUUAUUCUUGUGGUUUGUCAUGAGUGGUUGUGGUUUGUCAUAACAGAGUCCUGGACUGUAAGAGAUAAGAAGGUUAAAACUGUCAUCGGCUGCCUGAGUUGACCUUGUCUGGGGAUCGUUAGUGGGUUUAGUUUAGCGUCUGGAUCCGGUGUGAUACAGCUGCACUCAGAAUGACUAUAGUGGUUGUAUGGCUCUUCAUUGUGGCUGGAACGUGCUACAGCGUUCUCUGUUCAGAGAACCACCUGCGGGACAUGGACAGUUUCAUCAGUGCCGUUGAGCAGGCUGAGGACUCUAACCCAGACCUGUCACCACUAGCCCUGGUGAGGAGCCUCCGUAGGACGGCCGGACACGAGGAUCCUCUCACCCUGCACUUCCUGGGGGCCUCCAACAACAUCAGCCACACCCACAACUCUGUGUUCAACGCCACUCUCUUUGGCUUCUUCGACAAAGCCAUCCACCAUUUUGUGACGGACCGUGGUGCAGAGAGAGGGGUCGUUCUGACCCAAGAUGGCACCACAGUGGCCAUCGCUCCCAUGCUUCUAGGCAUCGAGGUGGGGCUGAAAGCUAAGCUGGAAGGCACCCCUCCUCUGGGCAUGUUUCCCCUCACCUUGGCCAAAAACCUAGGGUUGUCGUUCCUUAGCCUCCAGGACUUUCCACCCGCUCAGCGUCUGGGGCCGGACGGCUGCUGGGACAACGUGGCCCACCCCAGGGUGUUCCAGCUAUCGCGUGUGCCCACCCUGGCCACCGAUGCCCUCAUCAACGGGGGAAUGGAUGGGUCCAUCUUGGGCAUGGACCUUGCCACCCUGGCCCCCUCUGAACAGCCUGGUAAACUCAGCGAGGUGCUGAAGGGUUACUACAACCAUGUACUGGAUGGGCAGGACCUGGGGGUUGUAUACAGCCACAUCAGCCCCAAGCGCAGGGAGAUUGCCCAAGCCCUGCUGGGAACCCUGGACACCCAGAGGCAGGUGAUGGAGACCCUAUACUUGGUGUGGAGGCUGGAGGACACUCAGUGGAUAGCCAAUGAUACAGGGGUGGAAAAAGCAGUGAGAGACGGAAUGCUGGAAUUUGUCCACAGAUACUGGGACUGCCCUCCCAUCAUCCCACGGUGUCAGUGGGGGGCGGCACCCUACCGAGGGUCUCCCUUCCCUCUUGCCCUGCCCCUCCCCUUCCUGUACAUCCACCACACCUACCAGCCAGACAGGCCCUGUCGCUCCUUCCGGCAAUGCUCCAGGAACAUGAGGGCCAUGCAGCGCUUCCACCAAGAAGACCGCGGCUGGGCCGACAUUGGAUAUAGCUUUGUGGUGGGUUCUGACGGGUACAUCUACGAGGGGCGCGGCUGGCAUCACAUUGGCACCCACACCAGGGGGCAGAACUCUUACGGUUAUGGCGUGGCCUUCAUCGGCAACUACUCCUCCUCUCUGCCCUCGCGCCACACCCUGGAUCUGGUGCGCCAACACCUGGCCAAGUGUGCAGUGGAUGGCGGGCGCCUGCAGUCCAACUUCACCCUCUACGGGCACCGGCAGUUGGUGGACACCUCCUGUCCAGGAGACGCACUCUACUCAGAGAUCAGGGGCUGGGAGCACUUUGGGGAAACCAGCUCAUUGAAAAAGGACCAAUGAAGAAGACAAGCAUGUAAAAAGCAGUGUGGAAUAAAACCAAUUUUGUCAAAAUGUCUA